AUGACGUAAGACUUUACUUUAUAAAUACCACAAUCGAUCACACCUUGAAACCCUUUCCCCCAAAUCAGUCUCCAUCAAACCAUUUUCACUCGUAACCACACCGAUCAAUCCCAAUGGAGCAACAACCUGAAUCCAAAAUCUAUCAACUAAUCGCAAAACUCUUAAACGGCAAAUCACAAACCCUAAAUUUCCAAACCCCAAUUAUCCCAAUCUCCUCAAUCAAAUCCCAAAUCCAAACCCUAACCUCCAUCCCCCCACACCACCAGCUCCUCCUCUCCAACGGCAAAGCCCUAAGCGACGAUUCUUCAUUCCACCAUGAGAUUUCCUCGAAUUCAACGGUGCAUCUUCUGUUGCGUCUACGUGGUGGCAAGGGCGGGUUCGGGUCGUUGCUCCGUGGAGCGGCGACAAAAGCGGGGCAGAAGAAGACAAACAACUUUGACGCGUGUCGCGAUAUGAGUGGGCGGAGGCUGAGGCAUGUGAAUGCGGAGAAGAAGAUGGAGGAGUGGUUGGCGGAGGAGAAGGAGAGGAAGCUGGAGAAGGUGGCGGAGGAGUUUCUUAAGAAGAAUGCCAAGAAGGUUAAAAAGGCGGGUGGAGGCGAUGGGGCGGAGAAGUAUGUGGAGAAGUACAGGAAGGAUUCGGAGAAGUGUAGGGAGGAGGUUGAGAAGUCGGUUAGGGAAUCGCUUUCGGGUGGGUUUUUGAGUAAGAGGAAGGGUGUGGAGGAUGGGGACGGGUCGAAAGCGAAGAAACUUAAGAUUUGGAUGGGUAAGAGAAAAGUGGAUGAUAGUGACAGUGAUGACACGGAUGAGGAAGAUAGUGAUGAUGAGAUGGAUGAAGAGAAUGAGAAAUCUGCUGUUACAAACAACGAAAACCAAUCAGACUCCAAUAAGGAACUCGAUGGAAGUUUAGCAUCUGUAACUGGUGGGAAAGUUGAAGGAGAAUCUUCAGUUGGGUGUUCAUCUGAGAGUGCAUCAGAGGAAGAGAAGGAGACUGUUACCGAACGACAUUUGGGAUCCAUUAAAGAUUCCAAUGAUAGAGUUACUUCUCAUGAAGUAGUUGAUGUAUCGGUGAAACAUGACGAGAGCAUAGUGAAUAACUCAACUGAUUCUUUUCCACUUGAAGAAAAACAGUGUGAACUUCAGAGCGUUUCAAAUGGGCAGGAGGCUGGAACUACUGAUGGAGAAGCUACAAUUUCUGAUUCUAAAGUGUUAAUCGAUAAAGAGAAUGUGUCUACAAAGACUGAUUGUGUUGACGUUUUGAAGCCACUGAAUUUUAAUGAGUUUAACUCAGCAGCAGAGCUGGAGGUUCUUGGUAUGGAAAGGCUUAAAACCGAGCUUCAGGAAAGGGGAUUGAAGUGCGGUGGUACUUUGCAAGAACGUGCAGCCAGGCUUUACCUUCUGAAAACCACUCCAGUGGAGAAGCUACCCAAGAAGCUGCUCGCUAAGAAGUGAUUCACGAAAUCUUCACUUGGUUUUGUAUCUUAUACAUGAAGGUUCCUUUGUUCUUCCUGUUCUGUUUACGAAUUUUAUGCAUUACAAUUCUUUCGUUAUGCAAAUGUAGCUUGGAAGAAUUUUAAAUACUAUAAGUUUCUCUAUGUGGUAUUUUAAAAAGUGUAAAAUAUUGUUAAUGUCAUGCCAACUCUGUCCUAAUGUGUCAUCAUUAAUACAAUUACAUGGUACUUGUCUUUUGGUCCCUUAA